AUGUUGCGUACCUACCGUCCUCCGCUGCGCAGGGCUGGCGCCACAAUCACGCUGCGCGGGCUCACGCUCGUGCGUUUCCUGCCGGCGCCGCCGGCGCCCGGCGCGGCCGCCCCGCCGCCCCAACCCUCGCCCCUCGCGGGCAUCGAUGCAGCUGGCCCCGGGGCCUCGGUCCGCCUAGAAGACUGCGUCCUGAUCGCGGCCGCGCCGCCCAGCGGCGGCGGGCCCGCGGCGAGCAGCUUCUGGGCGUCUGCGGCCACGGCCGGGGCGCUCGGCGCUGGCGCGCCCGCGCAGCCGGCGCGCGCGCGGGCCGUGCCGGUCGACUACGCAGCCGGUGCCACGGGCGGCGUGUCCGGCGCGGUGCGGCGCUCGGUGCUACUGCUCGACCCGGGCGGGUGCUUUGCUGCGGCGGGGCCCGGGACGGCCGCCGUCUACGACACUGGCAGCUUCGCGGAGGCGCUGUCCGACCCCCUCGCGCUUCGCGCCCUUGUCGCCCAAAACACGACGCUCGGCACUGGCCUCGCGGCGCCCGACCCCGGCGGCGGCGCGGCCGCGGCGGCGGCGGCGCCGCCGCCGCUCCAGCUGCUGCCGCUCGCGCAGGCGCCGCCGCUGGCGCGACGGCUGGUCAUAUCCGGCUGCCCCGGCGCAGCACUGGACCUGGGGGGAGUCGUCGGAUCGAUCGUGGUGGGCGCCGGCGGCGAGCUGGUGUUCGGCCAGCCGCUGACGCUGCUGGGUCCGCUCGCGGCGGCGGCGCCGCUGGGGGACGGCGGGGACGGCGGCCCCGCGACGCUCGCACCUGCGGCCGUGCGUGUUCUCGAGGGCGGCUCGCUCGCAUUGUUGGGGGUGCAGCUUUCGGCGCCGGGCGCGCAGGCGCUGGCGCAGCAGCUGGGCGGCGCGGGCGCGGCGGGUGCCAAGGGCGGCGGCGGCGGCGGGGUUGUGGUUGUGGCAAACUGGAGCGCGCAGGCGCCCACCGGCGGCCGUGUCAGUGCGUCAAACUUGAAGGUGCUGCAGGCGCCGCCAGCGCCUGGCUGCCCGGCCGCCCAGGCCCCGGGCCCGACGGGCGGCAGCGGCGUUGGGGGCGGCGGCGGCGGGACGGCCGCCGUCGCGGCGGCAGACGCGGGGCAGCUGCGGCGCGCGCUGCAGGACCCGGCGGUGCGGCUGGUGCUGCUGACAGGGCCCGUCCGGCUGGCGCCGCCGGCGGCGGCGGGCGGGCCGUGGGGCGGCGGCGGCAUGCCGGAGGAGCGCCCGGGCCCGAUAGUGCUCGAGCGCUCGGUCGAGAUCAGAUCGUGCGUCGACGCGGACGGCAGUGGCGGCGGUCAACCCAUGGAGUUUGACUUCGCGGACGGCGUCGGGGUCAUCGUGGUGGCGGGCGGCGCGGUGCUGCGGCUGUCAGGGAACCUGCUGCUUCGGCCGUGCGCGGGCGGCGCCGCCGCUUGCGCGGCGGUGUGGCCGGCGGUUCCCGGGGUUGCGCUCGGCCCCGGCUCGCAGUUGCAGUUGGAGGGCGUGAAAAUUGAGGGGGGCACCCUCACACCUUGGGUCGACCCCGGCAUCACCAGCGCCGGCGGGGCCAUCUUGGCCAUGCAGCAGCGCCGCGCGCCCGCCGCCGGCGCGCCCCCCACGUCGGCAGACGCGUCUUGGGACGCGCCGCGCGGCGGCGUCCAGCGGUUGCGGCUGCGGCGGCUGGCGGCGAGCGCGGCGGAGGUCUGGGGCAGCCUCGCAGGCGCAGCCGGCUCGGGGCGGCGGCGGCUGCGCGCAACUUCGGUGCCCAGGGACGGCAACAGCAGCAGCAGCAGCAGCAGCAGCAGCAGCAGCAGCAGCAGCAGCAGCAGCAGCAGCAGCAGCAGCAGCAGCAGGAGCAGCAGCAACAGCAGUAACCGCAGCAGCGGAGGCGGUCGGGCAGCCCCUUAUUACAUUUUCAUGGAUGUGACCUUGUCGUUCGACCCUGCCCUAGCGCCCGCUGCGGCGGCUCCCCCAGGCGGGGCCGGGAGCAAGCUACUGGCCGCCGCCAUCGUCGGCUGGGUCGUGGGCGGCGCGGCGCUGCUGCUGCUGCUCGCGGCGUCCGCCUUCCUCGCCGCGCGCGCCCUGCAGCGGCGCGGGGACGCCGGGGCCAAGGUGGCUGGCAAGGGCGCCGCCUCUGGGUUCCUGCCGCCGUGGCGGCGCGGCGGCAGCCUCAAGCCCUCAAGCGGCGGCGGCGACAUUGAGGACGGCGCCAAAGCCGGCGGCGGCGCCGCCGCAGCUCACGCGCACGCGCACACGCACCCCCCUGACGGCGUCCCCUGCCGCACCGGCGCCCUGUGCAGCGUCUGUGCCGCGCGGGAGGCGAGCCUGUUCGUGGCGCGCGUGCGGCCCGACCCCUGGGCCGUCGGCGCCACCGGCAGCACGGGCGGCCCCAUCGUCCUCACUGGCCUCAUGCCCGGCUCCCCCUCUGCGGUCGCGGCGCCGCGCAGCCCCUUGCGCGGCGCCUACGACGCACCUUUCCGCGGCGGCGGCGCCGCCGCCGCCUUUGCCGCAGCUGCGGCGAGCGCGAGCGGCGGCGGCGGCGGGGGUUCACAGGACGCGGGGCGUCAGCGGCACCAGCGGCAGCAGUUUGAAAGCGCGGCGCGCGCGGUGCAGGCGCUCCACGAGGCGGGGACGUCGCGGGACAUCCAAGGGGACCUGGUGCUCGAGUCAGUGCUGGGGGAGGGGACGUUUGGGAUGGUGUACCGUGCGUGGUGGAAGGGCACGCUGGUGGCUGUGAAGCGCAUGCUGUUCCCGGCCGGCAUGAGCGGCGCCGCCAAGCGGGAGAAGAUGGCCAUCAUGGAGACAGCCAUCAGCGCGCGACUCAGGCACCCCAAUAUCGUGCAGCUCUACGCGUUCUACCUGAGGCCCCUGGCUGCAGCGCCCGACGGCGAGGGCGGGGACAAGAUGGACGCGCACCCCGACGACGAUAGCUUCGCGUGA